CCGACUCCCGUUCACCUCACCUCGCGUCGCCCCGAGUUAUGUCCGCACCAGCAGCAGACACUAGUGCGCCCUCACGCCGACCUGCGCUCGACAUCUUCCCCUCCGCACCCAUCGCGCCCGUCUCGCCCUACAUCUUCUCUGGGUUCCUCGAGCACCUCGGGAGAUGCAUCUAUGGGGGCAUCCUGCCUGCCUCGCGCACGACCUUCCCGCACACACCGCGCGCACCGUGCCCCGACGCGCAGUUCACCGAGACCCCAAGCGAGCUGCUCACCCCGGAGGGCUUCCGCGCGGACGUGCUCGAGGUGCUGCGCGAUGAGCUGCACGUUCCGAUGGUGCGCUGGCCCGGGGGAAACUACGUGAGCUCGUAUAACUGGAAAGACGGGGUAGGCCCGAAGGAGGCGCGCAUACGCCGCCCGGAGCUCGCGUGGGGCGGGGAGGAGAGCAAUCAGUUUGGGACAGACGAAUUCAUCGCCUGGUGUCGCGUGGCGAAGAUCGAGCCCUACGUCGUGUUCAACAUGGGCACUGGGACGCUCCAGGAUGCGCUGCAUUGGCUAGAGUAUUGCAACGGUACCGGCGAUACUUACUACGCGAACCUGCGUCGUCAAAACACUGGCCGUGACGAGCCGCAUAACGUCAAGUACUGGGGACUCGGAAACGAGGUGUGGGGCGAGUGGCAGGUCGGCCAGCAGACGGCGUCGGCGUAUGCGACAAAGGCACGGCAGUGGGCGCACGCGAUCCGCCUAGUCGACCCUACCGUCAUCUUGAUAGGCUGCGGCGAGACAGGUGUUGACCACUGGGACGGCGUCGUACUGGACGAGCUGGUAGACAAGGUAGAGAUGCACAGCAUUCACCUCUACACCGGGUUUGGACCUCGAGAUAGGUCGCAAACAGAGAGGGAGUAUGGGCGCGGAGUAUACGGACCUGACGCCGCGGAAUACUCUAUCGAGGUCUGCAAAGGCCUGAUUAACAAGGCGCGGUUUGCUAAGAGCGUGAGCAAACCAAUCAAGAUCGCGUUUGACGAGUACGGUGUCUGGGACGAGACUGUUGGUACUCCGCAGAACGGCCUCGAGCAGUUCUACAACUUCGCCGACGCACUGGCCAUGGCCUCGUGGCUGAACGUCUUCGUGCGACAAGCCGAUGUCGUCGACAUCGCAUGCAUCGCGCAGAGCGUCAAUGUCAUCUCACCGCUGAUCACAAGUCCGACAGGACUCUUCCGGCAGACGAUCUACUGGCCGCUCUACCUCUUCUCACGCUAUAUGCGCGACGGCACCGCGGUCAAACUCUCGCUUGACUCACCCACAUUCGCUGGCGAGACCCUACCGCAGUGGAUCUCCACCGUGAAGGGGCAGCCCAAAGACUUGGACGCGUCCGCAGUCCUGCACGUGGAUGCGGGGACUGGUGCGCGGAGCCUGCGCGUCGCGGUCGUGAAUCGGAGCGAACACCAAACCUACGACGUCCCGAUACGCGUCGCGUUCGAGCAUAUCGGUGCGGAGGUGGAGGCGCAUGAAUUGUGGCAUCAGGAUGUGCGGGCGCGGAAUGGGUGGGGGAAGGAGGACGAGGUGAGCGUGAAGACGCGUACGGCGAAGUGGGACGGUCGGUGGACGUUCAGGGAGCAUUCGUUCACGCUGCUUCUGCUUAGCUUGCAGUAGUUUCUUUGCAUGCAAUUUCUCCUAGCAGGACGUCCAAUAGAAUAUACGGACGUUGUCGUUGGUUUCAAC